AAAAGGUUUAAAUGUGAUGCUAUAAAAAAACCAUAGCUAACACAUUAAAAAAUUGAAGAGAACAUGUGAUACGACAAAUUAGAUUAGAGGAGCUUGAAACAGAAACAAAUUCAUGAUAGGAGUAUAGAAACAUUUUCGAUUUUUAUGUGUUCAAAUUCAUCAACACCUGAUUGUUCGUACAGAAAAAUCCAAGGCUAUGGAAGAUGAAAGAGGAUCACUGUUACCAAAAAACAACGAGAGUGGUUUCUACGUGACCUACGAUGGAGCUGAGUUAAGAAGCUUCAGGUCAUACCUGAGAUGGGUGUACGUGGACCAAUCAAACGCAUGCAAGAGCACUGUGUCUUGGUCCAUAUUCAUCUUCUUGGCCUUGGUUGUUCCUAUUUGUUCUCACUUCCUUCUAGAUUGUUCUGACACGUGCGACUCCGAUCACACUCGACCCUAUCACGUGCCGGUUCAGAUCUCUCUCUCGGUCUUUGCCACGCUCUCUUUCCUCUGCCUCUCCGGUUGGGAUCGCAGAUAUGGUUUCAGGAAGUUCCUCUUUCUUGAUAAGGUUGGUGACGAGAGCCUCAAGAUUCAACGAGCAUAUGCAGAACAGAUGAAGAGAACCAAUAUUCUUAUCUUGCGUUGGGGGCUUCCUUGUUUUAUAGCUGAAUUUGCUUACAAGAUAUGGUGGUAUGCUUCAGGAGGAUCCCGAAUUCCAUAUUAUGGGAAUGUAUACUUAAGUAGCAUCAUUUUGUGCACACUGGAGCUAUGUUCUUGGAUUUAUAGAACUUCCAUUUUCUUCUUGGUGUGUGUCCUCUUUCGGCUCAUAUGCUACCUUCAAAUAUUCAGACUAGAUGACUUCGCCCAAGUUUUCCAAAGAGAAAGCGAGGUGGCAUUCAUCUUGAUAGAGCACCUGAGAAUAAGGAGGAAUCUGCGGAUUAUCAGCCAUCGCUUCCGGGUUUUCAUUUUAGCUUCUUUAAUUUUGGUUACAGCAAGCCAGCUCAUUUUCCUGCUAAUGGCUACAAGACCAAAUGCUGAUCUUGACAUCCUCAGAGGUGGAGAGCUCGCGUUAGUUGCCAUUACCUUGGUGAGUGGACUUUACAUACUCUUGCGAAGUGCGACCAAGAUCACACAUAAGGCACAAGCCAGUACAAGCCUUGCUGCUAAGUGGCAUAUAUGUGCCACAGUAAACUCUUUUGACAACAUUGAGGGAGAGACGCCAAGAGUACCGACACCUUUGGCCCAAGAUAUCGCUGCCCAUAUUAGCUGGGGAUCGUCAGAUGAUGAUGUUGGGGAUGAGGAGGAUGAGUUGGAUAACACCAAAAUGAUGCCAAUUCAUACACAGACAAUCUCAUUCCAUAAGAGACAAGCUCUUGUAACAUACAUGGAGAACAAUAGAGCAGGAAUCACUGUGUUUGGAUUCAUGCUUGACAGAACAUGGCUCCACUCAAUUUUUGCAAUUCAAUUGGCUCUAUGCCUUUGGCUACUUAACAAGACAGUUGGUGUUUAGAGACAGAGAGAAAAACUGCCUUGAUCUUCCUACCUUGUUCACUAUGUGUUUUGUACUGUACUAAUGUAUAAUAUUAUUUUAUAGUGAUUAGUUCAUUUGGAUCUGAUAGUUCUGGCUAUGAACUUUAUGAUCAACGAAAUGGUAAAUCAUAUAUGAGUUUGCUCCACAAGUUACAGAAA